GCAAAACCCAGCAAAGACGACGAAGGACGAUGGACAGAGUGCGAGAGGUGAAGAGUUUGCUGGAGGCUGCGCUGCAGGACAAGGAUGAGGAUGGCCUGAAGGAAGCUGUCACUGCACUUGGAGACGUGACCAUGACCGUUGACAUCCUGCGGGCAACCAAGAUCCAGUCUGUCUUGAAGCAAGUUCGAGAGGCGUUAAAGCCAACCAAAUCACCGUUGCUUCCCGAUGUGCGCAAGGUUAUCAAGAGAUACAACAAGCUGCAAAAGAACUUCGAGAAGGCAGUGGAGAAGAAAGGUGCCCCGAGUCGGUCCCCCAGCGCGUCUUCUGCUGGCGGCAGCGGUGAGCGCCACGCCACGGUGCUGCGCCUCAAGCGGUCGGAUGGCACGGACGAUCUCACUGUCGUCGACAGCACCACCCAGGGCCUCUCCCCGGGAAAUACAGACGCGGCGCGCACCACGCCGUUUACACAACCAGAGCUCGAACGCUUUGGCGAAGCUGUUCCGCCGGAAGCGAGUACUGAACACAGCACAUGGACACCGCAGCGUCGGUGGCAGCAUGUUGACGGCACACUUGGGCCUGGUUCGCGAUGGUAUCCAUGGACAGCACGCAUUCCCGUUCGAAAGGCGAAAGGCAGCCAAGUCAUCAUGGGUCCAUAUGUAGUUCCAAGAUGAUGUUCUGGUCCGCCCCAGUUAUUGAGCAGCAAUGUCCUUUUCGUCCCUUUCGCUCUUUCAACCCCCUUUUCCCUCUCUCUUCUCCCUUGUGUAUCCUUUUGUUCGCUCUCACCGUCGCAUCCUCGGCACCCGACACGUGUACAUACUUGCGUUCUCUCGCUGUGUAAUGAAAAUGUAUUGUAAUGCAACAUAAACUUCACGCAUGCU